AUGGGAAACGCACAAGCGCGAAAGCGCAAAGCCAGCGAUGAUGAGCCGGAGCGUUUCCCGAUGGCCGAGCCUCGACAAAAGAGAAGACGACUCGAUUCAGAGGGAAUGUCCGAUGAAUAUCGAUCGGCAAUUGAUAAUGGAUCAAUCCUUUCAUUACAAUCAAUCAUCUCCAACACAAAUACGAUUGCCAAUGAUCCGCCGAGAAAAAGAAAACGAUUGGGUGAUCGUCUGAGCAAACUUUUCAGCUUUUCCACUCAUAAACUUGAUGAGGGAGAUCAGCAACAUGAAGAGCCAAUUUCAAGCGCAUCUAGUGAACGAGGAAUGCAUGGGAAUCGAGUUGAAGAUGGCACUAACUUUGCCUCUCCGGCUUCAGUGUCGAGAACAGUGUGGCCAGUUCCAUGGCUCGAAUCCCUUUUUCUUCCUGAAUUCCCCAAUCGUAAUACAGUCACCGAAAGAAAUUUUGUGAGAAUGCAUGAAAUCGGUCGGGGAUCAUUUGGACGAGUUUAUCGAGUUGUGGCCCGCAAAGAUUCGAGAGGAGUUUACGCGCUGAAAGUCAUGGAAAAAUCGAAGAUUCUUUCAAGAAAUGCUGUCGAACAAGUGAAGCGAGAAGUCAAGAUACAGAAGCACUUGGGCGCAUACACUUUUGUAGCAAGGCUCUUUUUCUGUUGGCAGAACCGGGGAAAUCUUUUCUGUUUACAGCAAAUUGCCGACGGUCCAUCUGGGGAUCUUUUCACCGUUUGGAGAGAUCACGGUCCAUUUCCCGAAGAGACGAUACGCAUUCUUGGAGCCGAGUUUGCAUGUGCUAUAGAUUAUAUGCAUCGAAAUGGGAUUAUUUAUCGAGAUUUAAAGUUGGAAAAUGUGGUAAUUGAUGGAGAUGGGCACAUUCUAAUUGUUGAUUUCGGAUUGGCAAAAGAGCUUCGCAUGGGUGAUAAGACGAGCACAAUUUGUGGCACUUUACAAUACAUGGCGCCAGAAGUGGCAGCAGGGAAUGGAUAUGGGCAUUGGGUUGAUUGGUGGUCACUCGGCGUUCUCUUACACAUCCUUUUUACUAAUCGCUAUCCGUAUCCGAAUGCUGAUGCUGGUCAUCACACAGAACUUGUCUUUGUCGACUACUCAACCCCACCAGCUGCUUCAAAAGAUCUGGGAAAUUUUCUGGACAGGCUUUUAUCAGGCGCACUCACGAGACGAUUAUGCUAUUUUGAGGUGAUUCACGCGCACGAGUUUUUCAGCGGAAUCGAUUUUCAGGCAAUUGAACAAAGAAGGUUUUCUCCACUUGCCUACUUUCCGUGGUUUGACGGCUGUGUUUCGUGUGUUUCGGAUCGAGAAAGCGAAAGCUCGGACGCGGAUAAAAGUUUUGAGUCGAUGUUUGAAGAGCAAUAUCAAGACUUUGACUAUUUCAACGAAGCGAUGGCUCAUUUCGCUCCCGAAUGCGUGCCUAUGCAAUUG